AAUUAGUCAUAGAUUUGGUAGUUUAGAAAUAAGUCCACAGUAAAUGCUUAUAAUUAUUUCUAAAUACUAUUAUUCUGUUUCACAAUGAAAAUUUUUAUACUGAUCGAGUUUCUUUGCUGUUGCGUAUUGGCUAAAGAUGACAUGGAUAUUUUUCACUUACCUACUAGCACAAUUCCAUUGUUUUAUGAUCUGCAAUUUUUAAACGUGUUAAGUGAUAAUUUCACUUAUAGUGGCACAACAAAAAUUAAGAUACAAGCUCAACAAACCACAUCUGUGUUAACAUUAAAUGUUGUUGAUCUAGAUAUAGAGAGCAUUAAAAUAUUUGAUAUAGAAUCAAAAAGGGAAAUCGAAGUUAACAAUCAUGAGUUGGUAGAAAAAAAUGAACAGCUAAAAGUGUACUUGAAUGAACAGUGGUUAAUAACUGGAAGACAAUACCAAGUGGAAAUUGUUUACAAUUCAAAGUUGAGAACUGACAUGACGGGUCUAUAUAGAAGCUCUUACAGAGAUGAAGAAUAUAAUAAAACUAGAUGGUUAGCUGUAAGCCAUUUUAAACCUACACACGCAAGAAAAGCAUUUCCAUGCUAUGACGAACCAAUAUACAAAACACCAUUUCAUAUUACUAUUAUAAGAAAAGAUACACAAAUAUCUUUAUCAAAUUAUCCAAUAAAUAAAAGCUGGGCAUCCCCUAUCGGUAACUUAAUAUAUGAUGAUUAUAAAGUAAGUGAACCACUACCAACCUAUUUAGUAGCAAUAUCAGUUUCUGAAUUUGUUACAAAACCGUCAGACGAAAAACGAAUUCACGUAUACACGCACAAGGAAUAUAUAAACCAAACGGAUUAUAUUCGACAAAGAGCAGCAGAAUUACUCCACUUAAUGGAACUUUUCACAACUAUACCUUACUCUGUAGAAAAAAUGGAUUUCCUCGCUGUACCUAAUUUUGUAGCAGGCGCUAUUUUUGGUGAAAAUUGGGGAUUAAAUACAUAUCAAGAAAAAUAUUUAUUGAUAUCAGAAAAUUCAACCGAAAAAAGUAAGGAACUUGUUACCACAACAGUUCAACAUAAAUUGGCACAUCAGUGGUUUGGAAAUAUUGUUACUUGUUCUUGGUGGGAUUAUGUGUGGUUACACGAAUCUUUUGCAACAUUUUUCCAAUAUUUUGCAGUUAAAAUUGUAGAGCCCGAAUGGCGAAUGGAAGAUUUAUUUGUUGUUGAACAGCAUCAGAUAGCAUUAUCAUACGAUCAAGUAUCUAGACAUUCGAUGACAGUUCAUGUUAAAUCUCCUGAUGAAAUCACGGAUAUAUUUGAUGAAAUUGUCUACGAGAAAGGAGCUUCUAUAUUGAGAAUGCUUAAACAUAUAAUAACUGAUCACCUAUUUAGGCAGUCAUUAAUAUUAUAUUUGAAUACUAACAAAUAUAAAAACACAAAACCGAAAGAUAUGUGGGAUUCUAUCGAUAGUGUAUUAUACGAAGCUGAUUACAAACUUACAGAUAAUAUUCAAAUUCGAGAUUUCAUGCGAUCAUGGACAGAAAAUGAAGGCUAUCCUAUAAUCAAUGUCGCAUAUCAAAAUAAAAAAUCAUAUUCUGUUACACAGAAACGAUUUUUGAUCGGAAAUAAUACUUCGUCAAGCAAGUCGAAAUGGUUAAUUGGUCUAACAUAUACUACACAAAUCAAAAAAGAAUUUUACAACUUAAAACCAACAGAAUGGUUAAAAAUUAAUGAUAAUGAAAAAACAUUACAAAUUAAUGACGAAGGGUGGUUCAUUUUUAAUUUACAAUCGACAGGAUUUUAUCGAGUAAACUAUGAUGAUGAAAAUUGGUCCAGAUUAAUUAAACAACUUAAAUUUAGUCCAAAAGAUAUACACGUUCUUAACAGAGCACAAUUAAUCGAUGACUCGUUUAACUUGGCAAAAGCGGGAGAGCUACCUAUUUCAACAUCUUUCAACUUAAUAUCAUAUUUGGAAAAAGAAGAUGAUUUCAUUCCGUGGUAUACAGCUAUUAACGAGCUUACGUAUAUUAACAACCAGAUGCGACGAUGCAGUAUUAUUACUCCUUACCUAAAAAAUUUUACAAGAAAUUUGGCAUCUAUAAUUUAUAAUAGAGUUUAUAAUCUUUAUGAAAAAAGUAACGAUAGAAGACACACAACUGUAACUAGCUAUGAUGCUUUUUCUUCUUGGGCUUGUAAGUUAGAAGUUCCAGAAUGUGAAAUGAAAGCUUUGGAGUACUUCAAAAAAUGGCAAAAAGAAAAAUAUGUACCAGCUGAUAUAAAAGAAGCCACAUUAUGCACUGGCAUAAGACAUGGUGAUGAAACUGAAUGGAAUGAAGUUUUUAAUUUAUAUCAGACAACACAGACUUAUUCAGAAAGACAAGCUGCGCAACUAGCAUUAUCUUGUAGCAAAAAUAUUACUCUAUUAAACAGCUAUUUAAGACUAUUACUUCAAGAAGAUAACAGUUCAAUCCACCAAACAUACUUCAAAUUAAUAUUUAAUUCAUUGGCAUUAACACCAAUAGGUAUUGAAAUGAUGACGAUAUUUUUAAAGGAAAAUAUAAAUGAAUAUUUGAAUAAAACACAGAGUGCUUACAAAACAAUUGAAUCUAUGUAUGCAGCGUUGGUAAAAAAUGCAGCAACGGCUUCCGAAAUUUAUGAGUUAAACUUGAUAAGAAACCAAACAACUCUACCACUAAGUUUACAAAAAACAUUUAAUAAAUUAUAUAAAGAAAUAGAAAUUAAUUCAGAUUAUUAUGAAAGAACACAUAAGUCUCUUCAAGAUUGGCUCACACAAUCUGUAAUACCUGAAACAAAUUCAUGUACUUCAAGUUAUUAUAUUAGUAUAAUUAUCUUACUUUUUAAUCUAUUUUUUUACAUUUUAUAUUUUUUUUGAUAGCUUUUUAGAUAAAAAAAUUAUCCUAAUAAGAGGAACUAAUUAUUAUUUAAAUAAAAAAAAUUAAGAAACUAUACAUUUUAUAUUUAUUAUGUAUUUUAAAAUAAACAUUCCUUUUUUUUUUUAACA